CCCCUAUCGUGCGCUGCGUCUGUGUUCUUCCUGACGCCCAGCGCCAUGCACGAGAUUGCCGAGACGCAAAUUGAUUCGACAGCGGCCCUCAAAUAGCCCAAAGGGGGCAUCGGCCAGCCUUUCGUGCGUCUCGGACGGAAACCCCACAAAGAGCCUUUGAUAAUCUCAGCCGGACACGCAGCCUGGUAACAACGGCUCGAAACCCAACGACAACAGAAGUGCUUCUCUCGAUCAGGACACGGUCCUGACUUAAAUUGCUCGCCAGCUUGCACGAGAUACAAUCUCGACCAACAACAUGGGUCUUGCGGCAAAGCUGAGAUCGUGGUCUCAAGAACUCACCCCGUACUUCUUGUACAUCAUCCUGACCGCUACUUUGGGACCUCUUCUCUUCGGUUAUCAUUUGGCCGAACUCAACGCUCCACAGGAUGUCAUCACCUGCGCAAAGAAAUCGAUCCGAGCCAGCAAAAGCACAACAGCCAACUCAGGUCUUCCGCAAUGUAUUCCGAUGAAUGCGACGCAAAUUGGGUUGGUCUCAUCCAUCUUCACCCUGGGCGGACUGAUCGGCGCGCUGGCUGCAGGGCCGCUGGCAGCUCGAUACGGCAGGCUGGCAGUGAUGCGGGCCAACACCGUGCUUCUGGCGUUGGGUCCUGUCGCGGAGGCAUUGGCACCCAACAUCGGCGUGUUGGCCGCUGGCCGCUGCGUAUCCGGGUUGGGCGCCGGUGUUGCCGUUGUGGUGGUGCCCAUCUACAUCUCGGAGACAGCGCCGCCGCGUGAAAAGGGCUUCUUUGGCGCCUUCACCCAGAUCAUGACCAACAUGGGCAUCUUCGCCACCCAGCUGCUAGGGUAUUUCUGGAGUCACGGCCAGAUGUGGCGCGUGAUCCUGGCCGUCGCGGGCGUCAUCGCCGUCGUGCAACUGGUUGGUCUGCUGUUUGCCGUCGAUAGUCCCUCGUGGCAAGCCGACCAUGGAAACGCGAGACAGGCAAAGGCCAAUCUUAAGCGUCUUCGCGGACCGCAGGCAGAUAUAAAUGAAGAGAUUGCCGCGUGGGGCGUCCAGCCGACAGCUAUCGAUGAGGGAACUGGCGAAGAACAAACGCUGCUAGGAGUUGACGACGACCAUCAAGACGACACUCGCAAUGCCAAUACUACUGCCACCAGUACCGCCAAAACGAAGCAGCCACCGCUUGGAAUCGUCGCGGUUCUCCUGUCACCCACACACAACCGAGCAAUUCUAGCUGUGUUCGUGGUAAUGAUGGCCCAACAACUAUGCGGAAUCAACAGCAUAGUCAUGUACGGAGUAUCACUUCUCGCAGACCUACUCCAGAGCAACUCAGCCCUCCUCAACAUUUUGGUGAGUGUGUUGAACGUGGUGGCCACGACGGGAUUUGCACCAUUGGCCGACGUGCUUGGUCGGAAACCCGUGCUCCUGGCCUCGAUCGGCGGCAUGGGCGUGUCGUCCGUCCUAUUAGCCAUCGGCAUCCGCUCCGCCAUUUCCGUCUUGUCCGCCAUCAGCGUGCUGCUGUUCGUCGCGAGUUUUGCUCUAGGUCUGGGCCCCGUGCCAUUCAUUCUGGCCUCGGAACUCGUGGGCCCAGAGGCCGUGGGUGCUACUCAGUCAUGGGCCCUUGCGGCCAACUGGAUCUCUACGUUUGUGGUCGCCCAGUUUUUCCCUAUGGUCAAUGAGUGGUUGGGCAAGGGGGUGGUUUAUUUCAUCUUUGCGGGCCUGGCUGCUGUCUUUUUUGUUUUCGUUGGUUGGUAUGUUCCGGAGACGAAGGGGAAGAAGGAUGUUGACGAGGUCUGGGGCCGUGUUCCUCGUCGAGAGGAUUGAAGAGAAAGGACAAACUCUUCCGCCUGGGGUGAGAAGGGGGACAGACAUGGAACGUCUGAUAACAGGUAGCAUAAGGUAGUUAUAGCCCAGCGCAGCUCAUUUCAGUGCAUUGCCUGUCACCGAGUUCAAUAUACCGCCACCAAAAGAUAAACCGAUCAAUCAAUCAAUCAAUCAAUCAUCCUUGCAG